UGCUAUUUUUUCAUUGCUGUCAUUCGCCGGCUAACGUAACCAAACUUGCUCGUCAUAGCAGUGAAAAUAUCGUCAAAAAUGUCCAAAAAAUUCAAGUUAAGUGCUUCACUUUUUGGACAUUCGUUAGAUGUAAGAAGUGUAGUCGUGACAAACAAUAAUUCUAUAAUUAGCGGAUCUCGUGAUAAAACUGCCAAGUUUUGGACGCCCAACAGGAUCGACACUGGAUAUACACCUAUUCAGACUUUUCGAGACCAGAAGAACUUUGUUAUUGCCGUUUUGUACUUGGAACCGACUAGUGAAUAUCCAGACGGUUUGGUUAUAACAGGGGGCAAUGACAACACGAUUUAUGUCUACAAACCCUCAGAGCCUUUUGCUACGUUUACGUUGAAGGAACACACAAAUGCAGUGAGUUGUUUUUCGAAGUAUUCGACUUCGAAUAACAAUGCAUUUUUGAGCGGAUCGUGGGAUUGUUCGGCCAAAUUAUGGACAUUGGGUAAUUCCACGUCAACGGUGACUUUCUCAGGCCAUUUGGCUGCAAUUUGGUCAAUCAUUCAAUUAGCCGAUUCACGAAUUGUAACCGCUUCAGCUGAUAAAACCAUUGGAAUUUGGAGUAGUGAAGGUGCAAGGUUGAAUUCGCUCACUGGUCACACGGAUUGUGUCAGAGGUUUGGUGGAUUUAUCCGAAUUGCAUCAGUUCGUUUCGGUCGCGAACGAUGCCACCAUCAGGGUUUGGUCAUAUGCUGGAGAAAGUCAAGGAGUGCUUUAUGGACACACCAAUUAUAUUUACAGUAUUGCGCGUUGCAAAUCAGCCGGAGAGAAUUGUUUCGUGACAUCGGAUGAAGACCGAACUGUUCGAUUUUGGCAGAACGGAGAAAAUAUUGAAACGAUUCAAUUACCGGCACAAUCCGUUUGGUCAGUCGCCUGUUUAUCAAAUGGCGACAUUGUGACAGGUUCUAGCGAUGGAGUUGUUCGUGUUUUCACUCAAAAUGAAAGCAGAUAUGCCGAUGAAGCCACUUUGAACAAAUUCAAUGAAGAAGUGGAAGCUUUGACGCGACAAAGCACUCAAGAAAUCGGCGGUUAUAAAAUCUCAGAUUUGCCAGGUAAGGAAGCGUUAUACGAUCCCGGAAGGAAGGCUGGGCAAAUGAAAAUGAUCAGAGAAGGCACAGGAGUGGUGGCAUACACAUGGGUAGAAGAUGGGGACAAGAGUCAUUGGGAAAAAGUUGGCGAUGUCCUCGGAAGUACGGACAAAACCAAUCAAGACAAAACAAUGUACGAAGGAAAAGCGUACGAUUUUGUGUUUUCCGUUGAUGUGGAAGAUGGAAAACCUCCGUUGAAAUUGCCGUAUAAUAAAGGAGAUGAUCCGUAUCAAGCUGCGCAUAAUUUUUUAGCGAAGAAUUUUUUGCCGGCUUCGUAUUUGGAACAAGUUGUUGAUUUUAUUUUGAAAAAUACUCAGGAAAAAUACGUUCCACCUAGUACGGAGUAUGUCGAUCCGUUUACGGGUGGUUCAAGAUAUACACCAAGUACUGGAAAUAACAGUCAGGAUUUUGCAGGAAGGAAUUUUGAUCCUUUCACAGGUGGCAGCAGCUAUUCAACAUCGGCAACCCAAGCAAAACAAACCGUUAGCUCAUCCACUAUUUCAAGCCAAGUUAGCAAAUUCUUCCCUAUUAACACCUACCGCACCUUCGAAAUGGGCGAUUCCAACGUAAUUUUAGUCAAAUUAAAAGAAUUCAACGAAAAAACCGGCGAUAGUCAAAGUCCUCCAGUAAACGAACAUUACUUAGUCGAAUUGGUGAAAUUAUGUAAUGGACCACCGGAUGAUCCCAACGCUUUCGACACCUUAUUCAAACUGUUGGAAUGGCCUGAUGAAAUCGUUUUUCCGGUCGUUGAUGUCAUAAGAAUGGCCGUAAGGUUCAAGAAAAACAACGAAAUUAUUGCCACUGCCAAUAGUGGAAGUCUUUUACGAAAAUUGCUCAGUUUCAUCAAUGAGAAUUGUAAUAUAAUUAAUAACGUAAUUGUUGCAUUGCGUACUUUGAGCAAUUUAUUGAUGCACGAAUUUGGCGAAGACUUGGUUUUUGAACACCGAUUUGAUGUUGUGGAAAAUAUCACAGCUUUGGGACCUUUGAAUAAAAACGGACAGAUCGCUUUAUCCACUCUUCUCCUAAAUCUUUGCGUUGCAAGUCUGAAGAAACGAGACGAUUUAGGAAUUUCAGUCCUAGCCGACGUGAUUCCAGACAUUUUAACGAAACUGAGCGACCCUGAGUCGCAAUUUCGCAGUUACGUUGCUUUAGGGACACUUCUUUCCUCACCUCAAAGUGCUGAAGUCAAAGCCAAAGUUAAGAGCAACGUUGGAUUCAUCAGUGCCUUAGAAUCGCAUGUGUUAUCAGGACAAGGUGAUUUGGAGGAGAAGAGACGGAAUUGUGCCAGUCAAGUACAGGAGAUUCUUAAUUUAAGUUUUUAAUGGUUUUUAUUUAAUAAAUUCCAACGUGUUUGUUUUUCUAA